CGAAUCUCCAUUUCAUGAUUAGACCUCGCAGAGAAAAGCACCGUGGUCUGGGUCUUUGAACUGAAAGGUCCGGCAUCGUUCGCGCUCUCCAAAAAGGAGACACAAGUUUCUCCUCGAAUCUCUACAUGCCAUCCAUGGCUUUUGCUAGGUUCUAGACGUGGAAGCCAUGAAAUCGUCAGGUCUAUUUUUGCUGAAGAUACCUAUGAUGCGCAUUGUGUCUGGUUGCGGGCGGAUUUUUGAUGGUGCUUUGUACCCGGCAUAGCAUGGGAUGCAAAUGCUGCUGCCUUCAUUAACCGCUAUAGCCAACCCCGGUCUUGGAGACUCUUCCCAUUUCAUUAUCGGUGUUGUUGCCCCAAAGCAUCUGCAUCGCAAUUGUUUGGACGCAUUUAUUCUUCUUCAUGCUAAAUCGUAAGAAAGUCCUCUGUUGAACGCUAUUUGAUAAUUUUGUUUCUUUUCGUCAUUCACCCCGCCAUUCACUCCUGGCGGAGUCGAAAGCUUAACCUGAAGGUUUACUUUCUUAUGAUGGAUGAAAUUGAUUGUCUUGCUCGGCUGGCAAAUUCAAUAUUGUCCUUCCUCAGAGAUCGUUGCAAGUUGCAACUUUGCGUUUUACUUGCCACUGGUGGCUUAUCCAUGGUCUUCUUUGUUUUCCAGGGCAUCGCCAUUGAGACCCUUUUCCCUUUCAUGUCAGCCCUGGCGAAGACCUUAAACGAAGAUAUUCGCAGAUCCGCUUUGUCUCCGCUGAGGGUUCAACAUAGGAUACCCAUUCUGGUCCGAGCCAUUUUUCCCCGGCGGCGCUUAACAACAUGGCAAAUUAUAAGUUUAAGUGGUCUCGGGACUUAGUCCGGACACACGUCGUCGAUAUUUCUCAGGACUACGGAUGGUCAGAUUCUAACGCAUCACGAGAGAAUGCCAGCUGUCGCUGUAGCAAUCUCCAUGCAGCAAAGAUCAGUCCGGGGCUGUUGCAGAUGCGAUAACGGAAUUCGAGCCGUGUCUUUGGUCCACGUCAUUGGAUUCUUUGCUGAGACCCUCUCGAAAAUCGAAACUGCCAGCCUGAUGGGUUUGUACGGAUGAUGUUCGGGGUGCAGAGUGAAUUACUCGAUUUAGAUAGCUUUAGCUGAUACUGUGGCUUUAAUCGCAAUUGAUACGUCCUCCUGAAUGGCCGCUUU